AUGAGGAUGAUGAUGAAGGUCAUCUCUACCGUACAUGGCCAAAUACCCAGAACGCGUUUACUUCAAUGGCGGUCUGCAACCCAUGCCAUAUAUCAAUUACCAUCUUCAGAACUACCUGACCUUUCUGAAACCUUAGCCUCCACGCGCUCAGUGUUUUCAAACCCAUGCUUUAAUCUCCUCGUUUUGUGCAGGAACAUCGAUUCCCUCAAGAAAGUCCAUAGCUUGCUCGUCCUACACGGCCUCUCCGACGAUCUUCUUUGUCGUACUAAACUGAUUAGCUUAUACGGCUCAUUUGGGUACGUCAAAUGUGCCCGGUUGUUGUUCGAUCAAAUGCCAAGCCCGGAUUUUUAUUCGUGGAAGGUGAUGCUGAGGUGGUACUUUAUGCACAACUUGUAUGCAGAGGUUAUGGGGUUCUAUACUCAUAUGAGAAUAUGCGUCAGAGAACAUGACAACGUUGUUUUCUCGAUUGUUCUGAAGGCUUGUAGUGAAUUGCGGGACUUCAAUGAGGGGAGGAAGGUGCAUUGCCAGAUUGUUAAGGUGGCCAGUCCUGAUAGUUUUGUGUUGACGGGUUUGGUGGAUGUGUAUGCAAAGUGUGGAUGGAUUGAAUGUUCUCGUGCGGUCUUUGAUGGAAUUGUUGAUAGAAAUGUGGUUUGCUGGACUUCAAUGAUUGUGGGGUAUGUGCAAAACGAUUGUCCCCAAGAUGGGUUGGUCUUGUUCAAUAGGAUGAGAGAUGAGUUGAUUAAAGGGAACCAAUUCACGUUAGGGAGCGUGCUUACGGCCUGUACAAAGUUAAGAGCUUUACAUCAGGGAAAGUGGAUUCAUGGACAUUUGAUUAAAACUGGUAUUGAAGUUAGCUCUUUCUUGGUGACAUCUCUUCUCGACAUGUAUGUCAAGUGUGGCGACAUCAGAUAUGCUCGUUCUAUAUUUGAUGAGCUUCCUGCAAUUGAUCUUGUAUCAUGGACAGCAAUGAUUGUUGGGUACACUCAAAGUGGGUGCCCAGAUGAGGCCUUGAAGUUGUUUACGGAUGAGAAAUGGGUUGGUCUCUUGCCCAAUUCUAUCACUACUACAAGUGUGCUUUCAUCUUGUGCACAGUCAUGUAAUUUGAAUUUGGGAAGGUCAAUCCAUGGUCUUGGGAUUAAACUCGGGCUGGAAGACUCUACUGUCAGAAAUGCUCUAGUGGACAUGUAUGCAAAAUGUCAUAUGAUUGGUGAUGCUCGUUACAUCUUCGAAACAAUCUUGGACAAGAAUGUCAUUGCUUGGAAUUCAAUUAUUUCUGGGUAUUCCCAAAAUGGGUCGGCAUGUGAAGCCCUCCAACUGUUUCAUCAAAUGAGAUCAGAAUCCUUCUCGCAUGAUGCUUUCACAUUGGCAAGUGUCCUUUCAGCAUGUACUACCCUUGGUUUUCUUUCAGUAGGUUCAUCGCUUCACGCUCACUCAAUAAAGGAUGGCCUGCUAACUUCAAAUAUCUAUGUCGGCACUGCACUGUUAAACUUAUAUGCCAAGUGCGGGGAUGCUGAAUCUGCUCGUCUAGUUUUUGAUGGAAUGGGAGUGAAGAACACAGUCACGUGGAGUGCAAUGAUUGGUGGUUAUGGAGUUCAGGGUGACAGCAGAGGUUCCCUAGCACUUUUUAGUGAUAUGUUGAAGAAGCAUUUAGAGCCCACCGAAGUAAUCUUCACGACUUUGUUAUCAGCUUGCAGCCAUACAGGAAUGGUUGAAGAAGGGCGGAGGUAUUUUAAUUCACUGUCACAGGACUAUAACUUCAAGCCCUCUAUGAAGCAUUAUGCAUGUAUGGUCGAUCUAUUGGCUCGUGCUGGCAAACUUGAAGAGGCCUUGGUGUUCAUUGAGAGAAUGCCGGUUCAACCAGAUGUUAGUUUGUUUGGGGCAUUUCUCCACGGAUGUGGACUCUAUUCAAGAUUUGAUCUUGGCGAAGCCGCGAUAAGAAGAAUGCUAGAGUUGCAUCCUGAUGAAGCUUGCUACUAUGUGCUAAUGUCUAACCUGUAUGCUUCAGAUGGUAGAUGGAGCCAGGUUAAUCAAGUUAGAGAGUUAAUGAAGCAGAGAGGAUUGAGCAAGUCCCUUGCAUAUAGCCAAGUGGAGAUGGAUAUCAGAAAUGACAUUGCACCUGUUAAAGUGGCAUGUGUUGGUUAG